UCUACGGUGUCUCACCAGCAGUAUCUGGGCCGGCCGACGGGUCGGCGGCCCAUCAGUAUUCCGAAAUACGCUUUUUUGCCUCCACGAUCCUCCUGCAUUCUCAUCAAGUAUAUUAUCUACUGGAUAUGGAACAUGCGGCAAUGGAAGAAUGCAGUAUGCGUCAAAAAUGUUUCCACCGGAUUUUAAAUUCGGCGUAUCGACUUCGGCUUAUCAAAUCGAAGGUGGCUGGAAUUCCGAUGGUAAAGGAUGGUCGAUGUGGGAUCAUCUAGUUCGUACGGAUCCCGAAUUUGUAGCUGACAAUACUAACGGAGAUGUAGCCGCCAAUUCUUAUCAUUUUUAUAAAAAAGAUGUUCAAAUCCUGAAAGAUUUGGGUGUUGAUAUAUACAGAUUUUCAAUAUCAUGGCCGAGAAUAUUACCUUACGGUAGAGCGGAUUAUGUAAAUCCAUACGGCAUCGCAUAUUACAAUGCACUAAUUGAUGAGUUAUUAGCUAAUGGGAUAACUCCGUUCGUAACGAUGUACCAUUGGGAUCUGCCGCAAAAUUUGAACGAGCAAGGUGGUUGGCUGAAUGAAGGUUUAGUGGAUAUAUUUGGCGAUUACGCGAGAGUAUUAUACCAACAUUUUGGAGAUCGUGUCAAACAUUGGUUGACGAUUAACGAACCGUAUGUUCAUUGCUAUCAAGGUUUUAUCACUCUACGUCAUGCUCCUAGAGUACAUCAGCCAGCGACUGGUUUCUAUGAGUGCGGUAGGCAUAUACUAUUGGCGCAUGCGAAGGCUUAUCAUAUCUAUCAGGAUGAAUUUAAAUCGCAAGGUGGAGAAGUUGGCAUAGUCUUGAGCAUGGAUUGGGCGUAUCCUGAUAGUGAUUCAGCAGAUGACGCUGAGGCGGUUUUGGAUUAUUUCGCGUUCCAUUUGGGAAUAUUCGCCAAUCCAAUAUUCACUAUCGAAGGAAACUACCCUCGACGUCUCAUCGAUCGCGUUGCCAAUAUCAGCAGCAGUCAAGGAUUCCAGAUUUCAAGACUACGUCCCUUCAGUCAGGAACAAAUAGAUUACAUGAGAGGCACAUCCGACUUCCUAGCUUUAAAUCAUUAUACAAGCGAAAUUGUAUAUAGAAACGCUUCGGUUCUAGGAAUGUAUGAAGCACCCUCCUUCAACGAUGAUACCGGAUUUACAACUUACAAAGAUCCCAGCUGGCCAGUCAGCGCCAGUACUUGGUUACGGGAACAUGCUCAAGGCUUUUAUAACCUUCUUGUGUAUAUAAAAAAUACGUACAAUAAUCCGACAAUCUAUGUAACUGAGAAUGGUUUUUCAACGUCUACUGGUUUGAACGAUACUGGAAGAGUUCAGUAUUUCAGGAAUUAUUUAACCGCUUUAUUGGACGCUCUGGCGGAGGACGUUGACAUUCGUGGUUACAGCGCAUGGAGUUUAAUGGAUAACUUUGAAUGGGCAAUGGGAUAUACGCAAAGGUUCGGGCUUUACGAAAUAGAUAUAAAUGAUCCCGAAAAGGAAAGGAUUCCGAGAAAAUCUGCGCUGGUUUAUAAAGAAAUUAUAAGCAGUAGAUUUAUUGACUGGGAUUUCGAUCCUAAUCCGUACGAAGUUAGUGGUUCUGGAUAUCUGAAGUCAUGUAUUUUUACAAUUAUUGCAGUAAUAUUUAAAAUAUUAAAGCGGGAUUCAACAAACACUUUAGUGAGAAGCGCGGUGGAGCGUAAUGGAAUGUAA